AUGCUCAACAAUUAGAUGUCAAUUGGCUGAUUUUAACAGUUUUCCAUCAUAUUCAACAUUACGUUUGAAUGAUAACUGUCAACAAUUAACUAAUCAUCAUAAAAGGGUCAAAUGUAUUAGAUAGUAAAAUAAUGGAACCGAUUAAUAUUAAUGAAAUGAUAAACUUAUUCUAAUAAAUUGAUCAACCAUAAACAGCAAUUUAAAGUCAAUGUAAAACCUAAUUCGUUUCACUCUAACAAUAGAUGGAGCUAUAACUUACAAUUAACUAAUGGGAAAAGUUUAUUCAGCAAUUAGAUUGAAUUUUUUGACACAUCAAUCUGAUAAAGUUGAGCUGCUAAUUUAAAUUCAAUGGGAAUGUGAAAUGAGGAAAGACAAUACUGAAUCUCAAAAUUUUCCAUACACAUUUCAGUGCGAUGAAGGAGAGAAGAGCUCAUUGCUUAACAAGAAACAUGGAAUGGGAGUUUUAGUGACCAUUUUAUUCAUCGCCGGUGAAAACGCAGGAUGUGGUAUUCUGGCCUUACCUUACGCCUUUAAUCAGGCCGGUUGGUACAGUUUACCGUUAAUGAUAGUAUCUUGUUUUGACGCUGGAAUCUGUGGUAUCCUAAUUGGAAAAUGUUGGAUGAUUCUUGAAGAGAGAUGGCCUGAGUUUCGGGAAAAUUGUCGUUAUCCUUAUCCAGCCAUUGGUAAAAUGGCUUAUGGAAAUUGGAUGAGAGGUGUUGUAACAUUUUGUCUUCAAACAUCACUUUUUGGCUCGUCAACAGUAUUCCUAUUAAUUUGUGCUGGAUUGAUCGAGGAGUUUAGUGGACAAUUUAUCAAAUUGCCAUUCAGUGUAUGGAUAUUGAUCAUUGGUACUAUUUUAAUUCCUCUCAUGUGGCUUGGGUCACCAGGAGAAAUGUGGUUCGCUGCCGCUGCUGCUCUUGGUACAACUUUUAUUGCAAUUACUCUUAUUUUAGUUGACAUAAUGAGUGAUUAUGCAAAACUGGAAAAUCAUCCGCCGACAUCAUCCCCGACAAUUGGGACUGUUUCUUUAGCAUUUGGAACUUUUAUAUUCUCAUUUGGUGGAACUGCGGCUUUGCCGACCUUCCAAAACGACAUGAGAGAUAAAUCUAAAUUUACUCAUUCAGUUGUCAUUGGAUUCUUGACUCUUCUUACACUUUAUAUUCCGAUUGCAAUCAUGGGAUAUAUUACCUAUGGUUUAGGUGUUAAGGAUAAUAUAAUUUCAUCGAUUCCAAAUGGAAUCAAGAAAGAUACAGCUAUCCUUUUAUUUUCUGUUCAUCUCAUAUUUGCUUUCAUUAUCGUAAUAAACGGAGCUGUGCAAGAGAUUGAAGGAAAGUUCGGAGUACCCGACUCUUUUGGUUGGAAACGAGUUUCUAUCCGAACUGUUUGUAUGAUCUUCGUCAUUUUUAUCGGUGAAUCAAUUCCUAGAUUCGGGAAAAUUCUUGACCUAAUGGGAGGAUCAGCGGUAACCAUGUUAGCUUAUAUUUUACCUCCUCUUUUCUACAUGAAAUUGUGUUCAAUGCAUAACGAAUCUUGGCCUGAAAGGAAAGUGACAAUUCUCGAAAAGAUUUAUUAUUAUAAGAUUAUAAUCGUCGGAGUAGUUGGUGGAAUCUCUUGUACUUUUUGGGCUUUAAAAGCAAUUCUGGCUCCUGGUGCAUUCUCAUUGCCAUGUUACAUUGAUAUUCAUUGUUCAAAUGAAUGAAGGAAAUAACAAAAACUCAUCUUUGAUUCUCUGGAUUUAUAUAAUUUAUAAAAAGGCAAUGCUAAUUUCCGUCCAUUAAUCAUACCACAAGUACUACAUAUAAGUGUAAAAAGUAACUUUCAUUAACUUGUAUUAACAAUUAUAGUUGUUAUCACUUGUUGAUUGUUUUUGUUAAGUGUAAUUCAAAACAUUUGAGAACAUUGUACUUGUACUGUUACCAUUAUGGAUGAAAUUUUUUGUUAUGUAAAAAAAUUUUUCUAUUGAUUAGAAUCAAUUAGGAUAUGCAAUCAAUUCUGUUUCAAAAUUGAAAUUGAUUAUUAAAUCAAGUGCUGUAAUUACACGUGCUAGUUCAUCAGUCGGACUAAACUUUGGAUAUUUGGACGUUUUUUUUGAUUACGUUUAUCGAUUUAUCUGUUAUGGUUAAUUAACGUAGUUAUAAACUCAUUAACCAAUUUGAUUUUUUCAUCUCCAUCUGCUGUUAAUCUAAAACAAUUAACUGAUUAAAUGAUGAGUUGUUAUCGAUGAAAUUCAUUUAUAAAAAUCACGAAUGAACAAGUUAAUCAUUAAUAGUUAUAUUGAAUACACACAAAAUUAACUCAAAUAGUUAAAAUAAUUCUCAACAUCCAUAACUUUGAAAAGUUAAUUGUGAAAGUUUAAUUUUGUUGGUGUGACAAUUUAAUUUUACCCAAUACUUAACAGUUUCAUCAAUCAGUUAACAAUUUACAUGUAACUUUUUUAAUUGUUUUUCAUACUCUUAUAACUGACAAAUU